AUGUCUGACCGGGCCCAAUAUGAUAAACUCAAGACAGAGCUUUCGGAGGCUUUGGAACAGCGCCAGAAACAGGAACGUCGAUUGCAACAGCUGCAACAAGAAAUAUUUGACAAAGAGACGGAAUAUCUGCAAGGAAACAGCUCUAGCCAGCUGGGAAAUAUAGUCAAGGGGUUUGACGCCUUUGGGAAGCACUCGCAUGAAACUCCAAACGCUUUUACGGAUAAGGACAGAAUAUUUUCUUUGAGCAGUGCCUUGUUUGUGAAGCAACAAGAGGGAGUCACUGAGGAUGAGUAG